GCAAAGCGUAGAACGUUAAACGAUAAUGUUAGAAUUGGAAAAAGAGUUGUUCAUGAUAGUGAUGAAGAUUCAGCAACUAGGAGUAAGGAAGGGAUGAGGAAUGGUGAUAUGAAAGUUGUGGAUGACAAUGCAAGAGGUGAAGUUUCUGAGAAAGUCUUUGCUGAUGGAAAGAGAUGGGGUUACUUUCCGGGGCUGCAACCGAGGUUGUCUUUUGCUAAUUUUAUGGAUUCAUUUUUCAGGAAAGCAAAAUGUACUAUGAGAGUUUUCAUGGUCUGGAAUUCUCCAGCAUGGAUGUUUACCACUCGGUAUCAGAGGGGACUUGAGAGUGUGCUCAAUCAUCACCGGGAUGCUUGUGUGGUGGUUUUCUCUGAGACAAUUGAACUUAACUUCUUUAGUGAUUUUGUCAAGGAUGGCUUCAAAGUGGCUGUUGUGAUGCCCAAUCUUGAUGAACUCCUACUAGACACACCAACACAUGUGUUUGCUUCUGUCUGGUAUGAAUGGAAGCAGACAAAAUAUUAUCCUUUACAUUACAGUGAACUUGUCAGGCUGGCAGCUCUAUACAAGUAUGGUGGAAUUUAUCUCGACUCAGACAUCAUUGUGUUGAAUUCAUUGUCUUCACUUAAUAAUACUAUUGCUUUUGAGGAUGAUCUACGUGGAAAAACUUUGAAUGGUGCUGUAAUGGCUUUUAGAAAGCACAGUCCUUUUAUAAUGGAGUGUUUGAAGGAGUUUCAUGCAUCUUAUGACGACAAACAAUUGAGAUGGAAUGGAGCUGAUCUUUUGACAAGAGUUGCUAGUAACUUUUCUGUCAAUGAUAAUCUCUCCGGUAGGAGAUCAAUUUUCAACCCUCGAAUAUUUUCUUUCCUAUCAGCCAUAGCAAUAUUACCAGGUACCAGACUUAACUACCUUUUAGUCUUGAGGUCAAAAGUAUAAAACAAUUAUGCUAGUGCUUAAAUUUUUAGUGAAAGAUUUAUCAUUGCUACUUGAACUUUUGAUUUUUAUGCAUACUAAUAUUGCUGCCUUCCCCUCACUACCUUUUCUUGCCGUGAUAAGGUAGUGUCACAACUGGAGUUAUUGUGACUAUUAGUUCAUUACUGACAGAGUUACAGUCAUCAUGGUGUUAUUAUCUAUUAUAACUUCUUUCAUUAUCAUGUUAUUAGUAUGUUGAUAGAUUGCUUAGAGUGCACAUUCAGUUCAUCCAAGGUGAAUGAAAAAAAAAGGCUUAUCAAUUAAUGUUAUUGUGGUAAAAAGAAUGAAUAUCAGGCUCUUUAUAAAAAUAAAAGGAAUGAAUAUCAGGCACUAAAACAUUAUGUAGCUUUAACCCAUUUUUUAAUUACAUUUCUUAUACCCAAAAAAGGGAAACCUAUUAUAGAAUCUGCUUAGCCCUUUGUUCAGAUUGGUUCAGGACCAACUCUGUUGAGUGUUGAAAAGAAAUGAGUAUGAUGUAGGACAAUGGGGAAACCCCUAUCCUUAACUUUUGCUGCAAAAGAAUGUAACUCCUGACU